CGUCUGCCUUACUUCCUUUUUUAUACUAACUUGCUUUUCAUUUUUUCAGCUCAGGUUUUACCAAGGUUGACUGUAGACCAGCUAAGAAGGAUAGAAAAGGCAACAAGCUUCUUGGUUGCUGAACGUAACUAUAGGGCUUUGGUUACAGUAGAUAACCUUCACAAAUACUGUUCAGGACCUAUCCUUUCUGCAACAGCUCGUCUUCGCGAGAGUACUUCCCAAAGACAAAUGGAGGUGGGUGCAACCAAGAAGAAUAAGAGGGUUCAGGAGGUAGCUGCUCUUGCUACAGCAACAAUUAAGGAGGGGAAGCUUCAACUUCCUAAGCCUGGUAAUAAGAGGAAGUUUGGUGUGGACACUUCCUCAAAACCCUUCGAGACCAUUACUCGUCCGAAGAAGACUCCUUCUCAUCCUUUAAUGACUCCUGGUUGUCCAGCUUUUGUUGAGUGUCCAAGGGCACCUGGCAAAGGAAAGGGAGCUCUCACUCCCCCCAAACCUCCCCUGCUCGUUAAUGAUGCUACUUAUGCUAUGGAGCAAGUCAUGUCUAUCAUCAAGGAAGAGGAUAUAAACGAUUGUGAUGAGUUCACUCCUGCAGCUAUUGGGGAGUCUGGGUUGCAUGAUCUUGCCAAGGUAUUAUCCUCUUACUUCACUUCCUUUUUUUGUUUAUCUAUUAUCUGUCUUUCAUUUAUUCAACUCCUUGUGUGCCUUUCAAGCAAUGGUGGGGAUAAAGACCAUUGAGCUAAGGUGUGGGGAUUGUGAGGAUCAAAUGAUUAAUCUUCGAAAGCAUGUAAAAAACAACAAUGAGGUCAUCAAAGAGCUACAGGGAUCUGUCAUUCCAUUGACAGAGAAAGUUGCUCUUUUGGAGGGCAAAGUGAAGGAGCUCGAGGAGUGAUGCUCUUCUCAAGCAAACCUCUUCGUUGCUGCAGAGAAGGAGAGAAUACGCCUCUUUAAAGAGUUGGAGAAACUGCGAGGGGAGCUAAGCAAUGCUGAGACGAGUGCCAUUGCUAAGUACUCUUCCUUACAAGAGUACCUUCAUGAUCUGGGUAUCCAGUAUGUGAGAGGAUUUGAACACUUUUGAGCUCAAGAUUUUGUAGCUUUUAAGGACUUAGAUUUUUCGAAGAUUGAAAUUAGUGCUGAGGAAGGUUCUACUGCAACUAUGAUAAGUGAUGGUGCUGACCAAGGGGUAGAUAGUGCUGCUGAGGAGGAAAAAGGGGACGACCAAGCUGGUCACUGGACUUUGUUUAUUUUCCGCACUUUCAUUCUUGUACUUUUGCAUUUAAUACUUUGACUUUAAGAAAAUGUUUUUGGACAUGUAUAAAUUUUAUUGAAUGUAUGGGUUUUUGUUACCUUUC